AUGCUUCGUUCGCAACAUCCCGAAGCGUCUACUACUUUCCUCCAAUUCCUCCACUCUCCCCCUAUUCCGAACACAAAAGACAAGCAAAAGCUAACACCACCAUGUCCCUCAACUGGACCUUCGCCUGCGGCUGCCCCGCCGACCUCUCCCCUCCCGGAGAUCCUCCAACAGCACUACCACCAGCGCCGCCCCGCCGCCGCCGCCCAACUCAUUCCCAGCAUCCCCGACCCCAACGAGCAGCACCUCUGCACCUCCUGCCAGCUGGCCACCGAGCGCGGCGUCCUCACCGCCCUGCGCGCCAUCCGGAGCUACCACGACGGCGUGCUGAUCCGGCAAUCCGCCCUCGACUCCAUCUUCGCCGCCCUAUACCGCCGCCCUACAAGGCGCCGAUACCGAAGCCUGGGACCGCCGAGACGUGUGGGUGCUGUUCUUCGCGGCCGUGUACACCCACCGCCGCGCGAUCGACCUCGCGCCAUGGUCGCCGAGGGCGCUGGAGGCGCUGGUGCUGCAUUUUGA